AAAGGCCAUUCACCCACCCAGUUUCCACCGUACUGAAAGUGAACCGCUUACCUUACUCUGUCUCUCUCUCUCUCUCUCUCUCUCUCUGUUAGCAAAUAGAAAGAACGAAAUGGUUAUCACAAACUUCAACGGAGCCGGCAUCGGAUUUGGUUUCGGCGUUGGUUGCGGUUUCGGUGUAGGAUGGGGUUUCGGAGGUAUGCCAUUGAACUUCUUGGGUCUUGGUGCAGGUGGAGGCUGUGGCGUUGGAGUAGGUCUUGGUUGGGGUUUUGGCACUGCUUAUGGUAGCAGGUAUCGGUUGUCGAGGAUCUCAUUUCAAGGAGUGGAAUUUGAUAAUAAGGAGAAAAGUGAUAACAAGGAAUUGUCACAACCCAGCUCAGAAGUAAGUCAACACAAGUCCAACAAAAACUGUUGGCUUGUAAUCAACGGCAGAGUGUUGGACGUGACAAAAUUCUUGGAGGAACAUCCAGGAGGAGGAGAAGUAAUUGUAGAGGUUGCAGGGAAAGAUGCUACAAAGGAGUUUGAUGCUAUUGGACAUAGUAAAGCAGCUCAAAAUUUAGUCCUAAAAUACCAAAUUGGUGUACUUGAAGGUGCCAAGGUUGAAAAGGUUGAUGAUAUGGAUGAUGAAUCCAAUAGCAAAGAAAUGAGUGCUUUUGUUAUCAAAGAUGAUACUAGUUCCAAAACUGCAACAUUUUUAGAGUUGUUUGUGCCAAUUGUUUUUGCUUGUAUCUAUUUUGGUUACAGCAUCAUCACCAAAGCAGACACCAUUGGUUCCUAAAUCAAGGGGGGGUGUCUAGACCUUAGUCUGUGUUUGGAAGUGUUUGAAAUUAAAUAAAUCAACUCAGCUAUUUGUUUUUUGGGGGAUGGAAUAUUCGAUUAUUUGUGUCAUUGCUUUUAGAGUUAUUUGUGUCUUAUUUUAGUUA